CCGACUGCGCGCCCUUAUGUUCCCUGCUCAGGACGCUCUGCCCCGCGGCGGGCUGAACCUGAAGGAGGAGCCACUGCUGCCCACCGGCCUGGGCUCGGUGCGCUCCUGGAUGCAGGGCGCGGGCAUCCUGGACGCCAGCACCGCGGCGCAGAGUGGCGUGGGCCUGGCACGAGCACAUUUUGAGAAGCAGCCUCCCUCCAACCUCAGGAAAUCCAACUUCUUCCACUUCGUGCUGGCCAUGUAUGACCGGCAGGGGCAGCCGGUGGAGGUGGAGCGCACAGCCUUCAUCGACUUCGUGGAGAAGGACCGAGAGCCUGGGGCUGAAAAGACUAACAACGGGAUCCAUUAUCGCCUCCGGCUGGUGUACAACAACGGACUUCGGACAGAACAGGACCUGUAUGUGCGUCUCAUCGACUCCAUGUCCAAGCAGGCCAUCAUCUAUGAGGGACAGGACAAGAACCCCGAAAUGUGCCGAGUGCUGCUCACCCACGAGAUCAUGUGCAGCCGGUGCUGUGACCGGAAGAGCUGUGGUAACCGGAAUGAGACACCCUCAGACCCGGUCAUUAUCGACAGGUUCUUCCUGAAGUUCUUCCUCAAAUGCAACCAGAACUGCCUAAAGAAUGCGGGGAAUCCCCGAGACAUGCGCCGCUUCCAGGUGGUGGUGUCCACGACGGUGAGCGUGGACGGACACGUGCUGGCCGUGUCCGACAACAUGUUUGUGCACAACAACUCCAAGCAUGGCCGCAGGGCGCGCCGCCUGGACCCCUCCGAAGCUGCCACCCCCUGCAUCAAGGCCAUCAGCCCCGGGGAGGGCUGGACCACGGGCGGCGCCACCGUCAUUGUCAUCGGCGACAACUUCUUCGACGGGUUGCAGGUCGUGUUUGGGAACGUGCUCGUGUGGAGUGAGCUCAUCACGCCCCACGCCAUACGGGUACAGACGCCCCCGCGGCACAUCCCCGGGGUAGUGGAGGUGACCCUGUCCUACAAAUCCAAGCAAUUUUGCAAGGGAGCCCCUGGCCGCUUUGUCUACACAGCCCUGAAUGAGCCCACCAUUGACUACGGAUUCCAGAGGCUACAGAAAGUCAUCCCCAGACACCCCGGAGACCCGGAGAGGCUGCCCAAGGAAGUGCUGCUGAAGCGGGCGGCCGACUUGGCGGAGGCCCUGUACGGAGUGCCCGGCAGCAACCAGGAGCUCCUCCUGAAGCGCGCGGCGGACGUGGCCGAGGCUCUGUACAGCGCCCCCCGCGCGCCCGCGCCGCUCGGACCCCUGGCCCCCGGCCACCCGCACCCCGCCGUCGUGGGCAUCAACGCCUUCAGCAGCCCGCUGGCCAUCGCCGUCGGGGACGCCACGCCGGGGCCAGAGCCCGGCUAUGCGCGCAGCUGCGGCAGCGCGUCCCCCCGCGGGUUCGCGCCCAGCCCGGGCUCGCAGCAGAGCAGCUACGGCGGCGGCCUCGGGGCCGGCCUCGGCGGCUACGGGGCGCCGGGUGUGGCCGGCCUCGGCGUGCCCGGGUCCCCCAGCUUCCUCAAUGGCUCCACGGCCACCUCACCCUUUGCCAUCAUGCCCUCUAGCCCUCCGCUGGCCGCUGCCUCCUCCAUGUCCCUCCCUGCGGCUGCACCCACCACCAGCGUCUUCUCCUUCUCACCUGUCAACAUGAUCUCCGCCGUUAAACAGAGAAGUGCUUUCGCCCCCGUGCUGCGCCCACCCAGCUCCCCAUCCCAGGCCUGCCCCAGAGCCCACGGAGAGGGGCUUCCGGACCAGACUUUUGAAGAUUCUGACAAGUUCCACUCUCCAGCUCGGGGGCUUCAAGGCCUGGCAUACUCCUAAUUAUGGUCUGCAGGUGUUGCCCCCACUGAACCUGGACCAGAGGUUCCUCCAGGAUUCACACCCACUCCCUGGAUGGCAGCACAGACUGAUGCAGGGCCAGGGUUGUGGGCAAGCCUCAACCCCCAGGCCUGAACAGGGAGAUGCCUUCCUCCCUGUGCUCAAGGGCCCCCCCGGGCCCACAGGCUUCUCUCACCUCCCUUUCUUGGGGCUGGUCGGAAGCCCCAGCACUGUGCUGAUGCUCUUGGCAGGAGAGCAUUCCGAGGAGGUGCUGGAAUGCCAGGCCUCACUCACUGGGUUGGUUCCUCUGGAAGAGAUGGACCUCGUACAGACCAAGGGCAUCAGGUGACAGGACCAUGGGAUGGGGACUGUGGGAAAGAGCUCAGGGAGAGGAGGCCUGGGAAGGUCCUGCUUGCGUCCACCCAUCUCAACCAUCCCAGCAUCCCAAGUACUCUCCAGGGCCAGGGAUGGUGCCCAGCAGCCUCCAGAGGCCUGCCUAGGCUCCCGUGGAGUUUCUGAUGGCCACCUGACCCCGUGGCUGCCCCACUCCCUUUGAGGCCUGAGCACUGAUGUUCACCACCUCAUGAUUCCCAGUGGGGGCUUUGGGUGUAGAGGGUACAGAAGAGAAGGUGCCAGGCUCCCUGGAUUGUGGACCUUGCUCCCAAGGGAUGUCUUGUGGACUCUGGCCCUGCACAGAUGAUCUGGCUGGCCCCAUAGAACCAUGGAAUGGGCCAACCGCCCCCGGCCUCAUAUUCUGCUCUGCUGAGGUUGGAGAAAAUAAACCCAGAUGCAGGUGGCCACCCAGCCUCUCUUGUCUGUUUCCUUGG